GUCACAUUUAUGAGUCUUUGGAGACUACGUGGAAUCAACAAUAAUAAUUGUACAAAAUGAUGAUAGUGUGAUAAACUGUUAACAGAAUAUAGGUGUGUAUUCUGUUUUAAGUUAUUUUUUUAACGUUUAUAGAUCUUCGUUCGUUUGACGCUCAUUCUUCCAGCCAGAAGUCUGAACAACUCAGGUGUUGUUAACUGGGAAUGAUGCAGGAUAUUGAUGCCGAGCCAGUUUCAACAAAUUAUGUAUCUCACACUAGAACAUUUAUAGAACAAAGGUACCAAAAAUAUUUAGAUGAUAUCACACCAUUUACGAUUGGAAGAUGGGUUGGUGCGGGAUUGUUAACAUUAGCGUUUUUAGCUCGUGUGUUUCUUCUCCAGGGAUGGUAUAUUGUUACUUAUGCCCUUGGCAUUUAUCAUUUAAAUCUAUUCAUCGCAUUCCUUACACCUAAGAUAGAUCCUGCCAUCUCGCUGCUGGAAGAGGAUGGCGGACCUGAACUACCUACGAGAGCUAAUGAAGAAUUUCGACCAUUCGUACGCCGGUUACCGGAGUUCAAAUUUUGGUAUUCGGUUACUAAAUCAACGCUGAUAGCAUUUAUCUGCACAUUUUUUGAAUUCUUCAAUAUUCCAGUUUUCUGGCCGAUAUUGGUUAUGUAUUUUAUCACACUCUUCUGCCUUACGAUGAAGAAACAGAUCAAGCAUAUGAUUAAAUAUCGCUACCUGCCAUUCACGCACGGGAAGCCAAAGUAUUCUGGACUCAACGACACUGGCAAGGUAGAGGCAACCGUUCCACUCAUUUCAAUACCUUCAAUACCCGAACCUCAAGCUCAGAUCCCGAAAGAAUAACCUCCAGUAUGGAUAUCGCCUUUCUGCGGCUAUUUUCUAUUCUUUUUUUUUUAUUUAUUAUCCUGAACAAUUAUUGUGAAUAGUCAGUAUUUUUCAGUUUAAAAAUUAAUAAAUGUAUUAAUCAUUCAAUUGAUUUAAUAUUAAAUCGUCAAUUACUUUUCUGUUUUUUAUAAUCUAUUCAUAUAAAAUUUUUUUAUAAUUGUCAUUUGGUUAAACCAGAUCUUGUAUUAUAUCGAUUAAAUAAUAUAUAAAUUUGUUUCGAGCAAAGUAUUAAAUUUUGAAAGUGAGUUUUUUUGAAUUAUUUGUUUUCAUUUAAUUUUUCUU